UGGCAGCAGCAUGCAUAAAAUCAUGCAGAUACAGGUAAAGAGCUUCAGUUAAUGUUCACAUCAAACAUCUGAUUGGGGGAAAAGUGUGAUCUCUGUGGCUUUAACUGUGGCAUGGUUGUUGGUGUCAGAUAUGCUGGUUUGAGUAUUUCAGAAACUGCUGAUUUCUUGGGAUUUUCACACACAACAGUCUCUAGAGUUUACACUGAGUGGUGCAAAAAACAAAGAAUGGUGCAAUAAAGAAAAAACAUCCAGUGAGUGGCAGUUCUGCGGACGGAAACGGAACGCGUAUAUAUAUAUAUAUGUAUGUGUAUAUAUUACAUGUAUCUGUAUAUAUAUGUGUAUUCUGGUCCAUGUUGACAUGAUUGCAUCACGCAAUUCCUGCAGAUUGUUCAGGUGCAUUUUCAUGCUGCAGAUCUCCCAUUCUACCACGUCCCAAAGGUGUUCUACUGGACUGGGAAGUGACUGGGAAGGACACUGAAGAACUGAACUUACUGUCAUGUUCAUGAAACCAGUUUGAGAUUCCUUUUGCUUUGUGAUAUGUUGCAGUAUCAUGCUUGAAGUAAUCAUUAGAAGAUGGGGAAAUUGUGGCCAUGAAGGGAUGCACAAUACUCAGAUAGGCUGUGGCAUUCAAGUGAUGGUUGAUUGGUAUUAACAGGACCAACGUGUGCCAAAAACAUUCCCCACACCAUUACACCACCUCCACCAGUCUGGACUGUUGACACAAGGCAUGUUGGGUCCAUGGAUUUAUGCUGUUGGCCCCAUAUUCUGACCCUACCAUCUGUGUACCUCAGAAAAUAUUGAGAUUCAUCAAACCAAUUUUUUUAGUCUUCAACUGUCCAAUUUUGGUGAGCCCGUGCUCACUGUAGCCUCAGCUUCUGACAGGAGUGGAACCUGAUCUUCUGCUGUUAUAGCCCAUCAGCCUCAAGCUCCAAUGUGGUGUGCAUUCGGAGAUGCUUUUCUGCUCACCAUAAUUGUACAGAGUGGUUAUCUGAGUUACUGGAGCCUUUCCAUCAGCUCGAACCAGUCUGACCUUUCUCCGUUGACCUCUCUCAUCAAGGCAUUUCCGUCUGCAGACCUGCCUCUCACUGGAUGUUUUUUCUCUAUUACACCACUCUGAGUAAAUUCUAGAAACUUUUUUGUUCUCCAGCCUGAAUAAAAUAAAAAGAAUAAAAAGACAGAAGUCUGGCAACCAGAGGGCUUGAAAUGCACACUCCCACCCGAUAUAGCCGAGUUUGAAAUGCAAAAAUAUGAAGAAACUCGCCAACAUCUCCCGUUAGUCACUAGUCAACUAUCAGGAGUUCUCUAGGAAAACAACCUCACAACUGAGUAACAAUACAAACUCCACAAUGAGGGCGAAUAUCAAGUCUGAAUGUCAUUCCAGAAUCCUUUUCCCUUUCAUAGUAUAAUAUCGAAUCUUUCAAUCUCAGGUUUACACUCUCAUGCUCUCUCAUCUCCUGCCAGUGACCAUGUUGUCAGACUUCUUUUGACAUUUGACGUAUCUAACCUGGCAUAUAGCAUAUGCAUACCAAUUUCCCAACAGAUCUGCUGACAGUGCUGACUUUGAAUUAUAAUUACAGGAGUUUCAAGUUGACUCAUAACAGCUUAGUUACAUCAUAAUGUACAGUAUUUUCCCUCUCAAUUAAUCAUCACAUUUUUCUCUUUAUCAUUUUACUCAAUAAUUCUACACACUGUAACUUUAAGUUGAAGGUUAGAAUCAUGCGUAAGUUACAUACGUCUCCACACAACUCCAGUAGUGAGUAGCGCCUAAGUCGGUUGUAAUGUCUGAGGUCUGAAUACCAAUGUGCUCAGUUUCUGUAUUAACUCCUUACAAAUGUGUGUAUAACCCAAUAACUGUGAUCCAUUUAGAUACCAUUUACUGUAUAUAUCUGCUAUAUAUAAAAGGUUAGGGAGAGUGGGUUGUUACUUUGCAGAUUUCCGGUCUUAAUUACUGCUUUCUUCUGGGCAGUAAAAUGUUUGUAUGUAAUGUAGUUUCAAAGUGGAGUGGAAUAGCAUUACCAUUAUUUUAAUUUCAUCAUUUUGAAAACAUCAAUGACGAGAAUAAAAUCACACUUCCUUGUUCCUUACUAGCUUAAUUUUCUUUGUUACCAAGUUCCACUGCCAUCUCGAUAGCUAGCAGAGCAGUUAGCAAAAACAUCUGAAUUGAAUGCAGAACUUCACCAACCUCAAUUUCAUGUCAGCAUUCAUCAGCUGAUGGGCUUAUCAAACUGAAACAGAGCAAGUGUACAUCACUAACGCUAAGCAUUGUAAGUAGGGUAGGAUUACCUUUUCUUGUUGUCUAGACUGCAUUAGAUUGCAUGCCAUGUCUCAAAGCUCUCAAGAUGCACAAGAAACUCUGGAAUUGCUUUAAAUACCGAUUAUACUAAGAUUCAAUUGAUUUUCCAGACUAUUGUAGUGUCUCAACACCAUCGAUUGAGAUUGUAUAAAGCAAUAAGACACUGGAUAAGCAGCACUUAUCCUUGAGCUGACACUACCAUUUCAUAGUAAAGAUUAUGAAGAUUUUUGUGUAAACUACACUUUACAUUUGAAAAUUGUUAUACAGCAUGAAUCUUAUUACUGCAAUGUUUUUUUUUCUUUGGACUUCCAGUGUAUCAUUUCUGGGACACACUUUUUGAGUGUACUACAUUUUGAAGCUGAAUACGAUUAAACUGAGGCAGAUGCAAAAGAGAAUGGAAAAAAUAUUCAUUAUUUGUGCUGCCUUAUUUACUUUUUCAGUCCUUAGUUGCAUAGGUAAAUUAAAAUGCCCUUGUUAUGUUGAAGAUAGCACCACUCAUUUACUAGCUUAUUGAGAGGGAAAUGUAACAUAGUAAUAAACCUGACUGUAGCUUCUUGUUAAAUAUCACUACACCGUACGUUCCUUGACAUGUUAUGGCGGUGAUUUGCCUCAAGCACAGAGCUUGUGUUAGGAAGGGCAGAGAAAAUGAAAUGGAAGCGUAUAUGAUAAAGGGUGCAGUCAUCAGGAAACAUUCAUUCGAUGAGCCAUGGGCCCGUGCUAACACAGGAUUGGUCUACACUUUAGAAAUUUUUCCACAUGUGAAAAGGCACUGAUGCAAAUGCUUUUAACGGGAAGAAAGAGUAUCUUUUUUGAAUACAGGUGAUUCCUAUGCACUAGCUGUUUCACUCAUUGCUUGGCAGCUACCUACCAGGGGAAGUAAUAUUGCUUUUCCUUUUAACUACAGCUCAUGCAAUGUCAUAGAUUGGAGGAGAUGAUAUCUGAUUGGAGGAGGUGAUAUUUGCCCUCUUUUGUACAUACAAGCGAAUAGAUGAUUGUCAGGGGCUGGUCUCAUUCCAGUCAUCAGGGCAUAGAGGAAUGCCAUCAAUCCCAGUGACUCGGGUCAAUGAACUGCCUUGGACUCCUGAGUUGCACUCUCCAGAGGAAACGCAUUACACUUAGGAACCCAGGAUAUGAUGUUUAGAGGCUCUGAGCUGUUCACCAUAACGUGUUGGCGUUAACUGUUGUCCUUCUGAAAAUGUUGGUCUGCGACUCACUAGGGUAUGACCCACAAUAAAUUUGUAAAACUGAUACAAUCCCAGGGCUGGUCAGCGAGUGACGUGGUUAGUUGAGCUCAUCUUUUUCUUAAUUCAGUGGCUGGAAAAGGCAAGUGGUGGUCUGAAAAAGAAAUGGAAUGCUUUCUUGAAUAUAUGGAUCAAAGAAGCCAUUCUAUGCAAAUGAUUAUAACUCAGAAACUAAAAAGACUGAUGGUGUUCUUAGUCCCUGACCUAGUGAACUAACAUGAUAGAGACGAUAAAGCACUUAAUGUAAGUUGCUCUGGAUGACAGUAAAUGUAAGUGAAUAAUUUUGUAUAUACAGUACUGUGCAAAAGCAUUUGGCACAUGCAAAGAAGUGCUGUAAAAUAAAGAUGCCUUCAAAAAUAUUUUUUCUGCAUAAAAAAUACUGUAAAGAGCAGUAAACAGUAAUAAACUGAACAGAUUCAAUGUUUGGUGUGACAAAAACGUGGUCUCAGGUACAAUUUGUGCAGUUUUGUAAGGAAACUGGUUAGAAAGUUUUACUGAGCAUCUUGGAGAAUCUGCGACAGCUCUUCUGCAGGCUUUGACUGCUACACUUGCUUCUGUUUUUCAUGCAGAACCUGGCAGUCUUCCUUUUGUUUUUUGUCAGAAAAGUGAUCUGUUCCGUAAUAUGUUGCAUCCUUUACUGUCAUACAAAAGUUUUUCUGUAACAUAUAAUUUUUGUUGGAAAAGUAAUCUUUGGAAAUAUAAAAUGUUUUUGUACUGACUCCAUACUGCAGAAGUCAUAAAAUAAAAAAAAUCUAUAACAAAAUUUGUACUAUAAAAAGGGGGGUGUCAAUACUUUUGCACAGUACUGUAUGCCAGCAGUUUCUAAAUUUUUUGCAAUAAUUGUGUGCAUAGCAAAUGUGACCUAUUAAAUUGCAAAAUUGAUCCGUGCUUUGGAAGCAAUUUGUGUGUGAAAAUAAACGUGCAAUCAUAAUAACUGCUCAGCUAUUCCUUAGGAUAAAAGUGACAAAUGAAAAAAUUAAUUUGAUUGUAAUAUGCAAAUGCAUUCAAUUCCUGUAUCAGAGAAUGUAGCAUGCAGCCUCUUAAAAUGCAAAUGCUUGUACAUCCGAUAUCAUUGAAGCAAUGGUGCUUUCAGAUGUUGUGCAUGAACUUCUCAUAUACUGUUCGGUAAAAGCCAUCUACUGGAGUUACAUAAGUAUCCGUUUAUAGGGCUUACAGUAAACGGUACCAUUUAGUUUGGAAAGUAUUAUGGAGUGCAGAUAAAAGUUAAUGGUCUGCUAUACAUCCAGUACACCAUGCAUUUAUUCUCUGUGACCUAUUUAUGAUUUGUGCUAAUUCCAUGAAGGAGAAACACAAAAGCCCUGUAAAUCGGAAAGGCACUGUGCAAAUCUCCCUCUACUGCACAGGGGUGGAACCUAUCCCAGACAAGUGCUGAAUGCCUGAGCUAAAAUCAAGAAUGGAGCAUUGAUUAUUCAUGCCUGUUAAAAAAAAAAAAAAAAAAAAAAAAAAAAAGUCUGUGCUCUGUCAUGUGUGGUGCCCAUUGGAGCUCAUUAAUUGGCAAGCAAGCGCAGGGGGAUGAGGUUGAGUAAGGCAGAGGGAGAGAAAGAGGAAGAGAGUCACAGUCCAAGAGAAGCUUGGCAGAACAGUGGAAGCAGGAACAGAGGGGGCUGGAAGCAGAGGAAUGGACUGGAUUUACUGCCACUCUGGGUCCGCUUUCCUGCCAACAGAAGGACAAACGUCAUACUAAAGGCUGUGCCCUUUUCUCGCUGAACCGGUGGAAUCUUAAUGCCUUUCUCUGGAUCCCUUCUGCCAGGAAGAUGACCACCUACUACCACAACCAUGAGUACUGCGCAAGAGCUUCCGAGGACUGCGGAAUUGGUGUCACCAAAGUAGCUAACUGCAUUCAACCUAGGAUCCAUCAGAACAUCCAGUCUUACCAGAGCAUUCUUGUUCACCCACAGAGACAGUCUCUACGGCUUCAGCUUCAUCAGCAGCCGCAGUUCCACCAGCUCCACCACCACUUCCAAAGCCAUAACCAUCAGCAACACCACCACCAUCAUCUUCCUCAUCAUCACCUGCCUUACCAGCCUCAGCAAGCCCAAUCCAGCCAGCAGCAGAUUCCUCUGGGCUUCCACCCACACUACAGCUCCUGCACUUUACCUGCCUCCACCAAGAACAGACACAAGUUCACCAACCUGAGUGUUAAGAAAAGCCCGACGAAAAGCAAGGCUAAAGUGAGAGCAGCUGCCAGUGCCUGGUGGCUUGAAAAUUCUUUUGGUACUAUUUCACUGGAGAAGGCAAGUCCGGCCCCGGUGUUGGUGAACACAGACAGCCUUGACACUUCUCCCUAUGUGAGCCCAUAUGUAAACGGAACAGAAGCUGAUUAUGAAUAUGAAGAAAUUACGCUUGAACGAGGAAACUCUGGUCUGGGUUUCAGUAUUGCAGGCGGCACCGAUAACCCCCACAUCGGUGAAGACCCAAGCAUUUUUAUCACCAAGAUUAUCCCGGGUGGAGCUGCUGCUCAGGACGGCAGGCUCAGGGUAAAUGACUGUAUCCUGCGUGUAAACGAUGUGAACGUGAGGGACGUCACUCACAGUAGAGCUGUGGAGGCGCUGAAGGAGGCAGGCUGCAUCGUGAGGCUAUAUGUCCGAAGAAGAAAGCCCAGCGCGGAGAAAAUCGUGGACAUAAAGCUUGUCAAAGGUCCCAAAGGUUUAGGCUUCAGUAUAGCUGGUGGAGUGGGAAACCAGCACAUUCCUGGAGACAAUAGUAUCUAUGUCACCAAAAUCAUUGAGGGAGGAGCUGCCCACAAAGAUGGACGACUCCAGAUUGGGGAUAAACUUAUUGCUGUAAAUGUUGUUUGCCUUGAAGAGGUGACUCAUGAGGAUGCUGUGGCAGCCUUGAAAAACACGAGUGAUGUAGUGUUCUUAAAAGUGGCAAAACCCACCAGUGUGUUCAUGAACGACAGCUAUGCUCCUCCUGACGUCACCAACUCCUAUUCCCAGCACAUGGAGAAUCAUAUCAGCUCCCCAAGUUAUCUGAGCCAGCCCACAACCCCAGCCACGCCUUCACGCUUCUCCCCCAUCUCCAGAGGCUUGCUGGGAGAUGAAGAGAUCACAAGGGAGCCUCGGAAGGUGGUGCUACACCGUGGCUCCACAGGGCUUGGCUUCAACAUUGUGGGUGGAGAGGAUGGAGAGGGCAUCUUCAUCUCCUUCAUCCUGGCUGGAGGACCUGCCGAUCUCUGUGGAGAACUGAGGAAGGGAGACCGCAUCAUCUCUGUGAAUGGAGUGGAUCUCCGCAGUGCAACUCAUGAACAGGCAGCUGCUGCUCUGAAAAAUGCUGGUCAAACCGUCACCUUAGUGGCUCAGUACAGACCAGAGGAGUACAGCCGUUUUGAAGCUAAAAUCCAUGAUCUCCGGGAGCAGAUGAUGAACAGCAGUAUCAGUUCAGGUUCCGGCUCGCUCCGCACCAGCCAGAAGAGGACGCUCUACAUCAGAGCUCUGUUCGACUAUGACAGGACGAAGGACUCUGGCCUCCCGAGUCAAGGAUUGAACUUCCACUUCGGGGACAUCCUGCACGUGCUGAACGCUUCAGAUGAUGAGUGGUGGCAGGCACGCAAUGUCACCGCAGAUGGAGAAGUGGAAGAGAUCGGAGUCAUUCCCAGCAAGAGGAGGGUGGAGAGAAAAGAGAGGGCCAGGUUAAAGACGGUCAAAUUCAACUCCAAGUCUCGGGACAAAGAGCAGUCACUCAAUGGCAAGCGUAAAAAGCACGUCUUUUCACAUAAAUUCCCCUUCUACAAGAACAAGGAGCAGAGUGAGCAGGAAACAAGCGAUGUGGAGCAGCAUGUAACCUCUAAUGCCAGUGAUAGUGAAAGUAGCUACCGUGGACAGGAAGAGUACGUUCUAUCAUAUGAGCCUGUGAUUCAACAGGAAGUGAAUUAUACUCGUCCCGUGAUUGUUCUGGGCCCUAUGAAGGACCGGAUCAACGAUGACCUGAUAUCAGAGUUUCCUCAUAAGUUUGGAUCCUGUGUCCCUCACACAACCAGAUCAAAGCGAGACUAUGAGGUUGAUGGCAGAGAUUAUCACUUUGUCGUGUCUCGAGAGCAAAUGGAGAAAGACAUCCAGGAUCACAAGUUCAUAGAGGCGGGCCAGUACAACAAUCAUCUGUAUGGCACAAGUGUACAAUCAGUGCGAGAGGUUGCAGAAAAGGGUAAACACUGCAUCUUGGACGUCUCCGGCAAUGCUAUCAGACGACUCCAGCUAGCACAGCUCUACCCAAUUGCUGUAUUUGUCAAACCAAAAUCAGUGGAAAAUAUUUUAGAGAUGAAUAAGAGGCUGACAGAGGAGCAGGCCAAGAAGAUGUUUGACAGAGCUAUGAAGCUGGAACAGGAGUUUACAGAGCACUUCACUUCCAUUGUACAAGGGGACACCCUGGAGGAGAUCUACAACCAGGUUAAACAAAUCAUAGAAGAUCAGUCUGGACCAUACAUCUGGGUGCCAGCCAAGGAGAAAUUGUGAGAUGGCUGAAGUCGGAGAAACCAUUUUUUUCCCCCCCUUUUUUCCUUUGGGUUUUUUUUUUUUUUUUUUUUUUUUGGGUGAAUUGAAAUAGGAAAUGCUCCACUCUCAGAGGGCACGCUUGUGAGCGUGGGCAGAGAUGGUCCAGCAUCAUUAAGACUCGAUUCUGGAGCUCUGUGCUUCCAGAUUUCAGGGAGAAGUGCUACGCCUAACCAGGGCCUCACUGGGAGAUUAUAUGGUACAGCUUCCUUAAUGUUUAAGGCAGGUGACUUUAUAAAUGGAAAAGAUUUUAAUGCAUACACUUGGAUUUUGUUUGGAUUUUUUUUUUUUCAUAUAGCAGUGCAUAAAUAAAAUGCACUUGUGUACGAUCACUUGGAGCGACACUUUGCACGUUUUAGUACUAAAAGCAUGUUUUGGAUGGUUCUGUUCUAGUUAACCUAUGUUGAUUUUAAGUUUUUCUUAGACAUGUACUUGAGCUACAUUAACCACAGCCACAAAAUCUUUUUUCCCCCCAUUAUACUGUAUACUCCCUAUGAUCUUAGAAUAGGAUCAAAAUAUUUAACUUAUGCAACUAUCCAGCUUCUAAACUGCACAAACCGAUGGAUGUUUUGACUGAUGACCUGGCACAAAAUAUGAUCUUGGUUCAAGGAUUCCUGGAUGUUUUCUGCUGAUCAGGGUGUUUAUGAGAACAUGAAUUUGAGGUUUACAGUGGCAUGGCUGAAAAUGUUGUUUAAAAUUCAGGUGAAUGUGUAUUUUAGGACAUAAAUUCACAAUGCAAAUCUUAAAAGAAUUUACUGUACACUGAGAUUUUAACAUGUAUUUAACCCUGAGUAUACUGCCUAUUUUGUUAUAAUAAAAUCUAUAUUGAGCUUUACUUAAACUCUAAAAAUAUGGGAAUAAUUAUCUUUAUAUUGAAUAUAUAUAUAUAUAUAUGAAAAUAUAUUAAUCUAUAUAAAUAUAAAAGAAUAUAUUUUCCUUUAUUUUCACCAUCAUCUCUUUACUUUUUUUACUUUUUUUUUCUUGGUUUUUUUUCAUGGCCCUCAGUGAAGACGUACCUGGGCUGAGUGGGUUUUUCAAGUGCAGUCACUAGCAGCUCAUUCUCCUCUGCCCUCUCUUCCAUGUGAAUCCUGUCUCACGUGGUGUGCAUGAUUUUAAAAGCAAUAGUAUUUAUAAGACGUGUGUAAUCAGUACAAGAGCUGGAAUACGCCUUUGCGUUUUCAGCCAGAGUUGUGAAGAUGCCUGGUUUGUUGUUGAAAAUCAGCAGAAGCUUGUAAACCCUGUCCUUUAGACACAGUGGUACUCUUAGCUGGACAGAGGGUCUCUGAGGCUCUCUCAAACACAAGCCUUUAUUUCUCCACUGGAGGGCGUUCUCACAGAAUCCCGCUCUCACUUUCAUUCUCACUCGGAGAUGAUUGUUUUCUAAAAGACUGACUCGCUUCCGUUGGACCACAGCUUUCUAACACAUUUUUGACGGGACUUUGUAAAUAUUCUGGUCUGAUUCAUUCCAUUUGUCAAAAGACAAGAAGUGCUAAUAAACCAAUCACACACUGUU